UUAAACGUUGCGUUUGGGUAAAUGGUUGCGGCAUUCAAAAGCACACCUGUAAUUCAUUCCCUUCAUCGUUGUGAAGCGAGGGCGACAAAGACAAAGCAAUGGAUUUGCCGGAGGCACAAACACCCGUUACACCCCAGUAUGAUCACACCCCCCUUUACUGCGAGGAGAAUGUGUACAAGCUUUGCAAAAAACUAUGUUCAGCUGGGGCUGCAGAUACAGAGGCUUCUAAUCUUUUUGUUGUUUUUAUUUCUAAUGAUAAGAAGCAGAUUCCACUUUGGCAUCAGAAGGCCAGCCAUAGGGCUGAUGGGGUAAUUCUGUGGGACUACCAUGUAAUCUGCAUACAGAAAAAAGAAAAUGAAAAGUCUCCACAAGUGUGGGACCUGGAUUCCACUCUUCCAUUUCCUUCUCCUCUAGCAUCAUAUGUCGCAGAAACUUUUCGUCCAUCAUUUCCGCUCUUUUCUGAGUUUCGAAGAUUUUAUCGAAUUGUACAUGCUCCCAUGUUUCUCCGCUGUUUUGCUUCUGAUAGAAGACACAUGAAGGAUUCUGAGGGGAAUUGGAAUGCCCAACCGCCUCCUUAUGAUCCAAUAAUUGCUGAAGAUGGAGCAGUACAUAACCUGAAUGAGUACAUGGAAAUUCACAGUGAUGAUGCUGUAGCUACUAUAAAAGCUGAUUUGGUAAAUGAUGUGAGAAAUGAGCGGCUUGGCGUAGUGGUUAGUGAAACCCAGAUUGAAGAAUUCUUCUCUCUUUCUACAUAAGCGAUUACGUGUUGCGCCUUCCCCUUGAGAAGCUUGAAAUUACUCUUGAACAUUAAUUCCAGAAGGGGAAGUGUUAAGAGAUGCAACUUAAUUUUUUUUUGGGAGGGGAUAGGGCAGGUUGUGGAAGCAUUGGGGCGGCCUUGGGUCUUCUAUGUAAGAGGAGCACUGAAAGCUUGAUACAUUGUAGUUAACUGAAGUAUUUGUUUCACUGUGAACGCUGGUUUGGGUACUUAGAUAGUAUUGAAAAUGAUGGUGAUGUACUGAAUUUGAGAAAUUCCAAUGGAGUCGGACAUGUUACAUGUACCCUCAUUUUAUUUUUAUGCUACUACGUGGAAAUCGUGUGUGAGAAAUAUAAGUCGCUGGCAGAUGAACGGGAA